UUUUUGGUGUGCAUGGGUUGACCCAACGGGUUCCGAUUGACAUGUCUUCCAGGUCCGGCUUUCCGGUCAGGAUAUAGCCUUCAACCGCACAGUCGCCAUUUUCGCUCCUGCAUCCUUCAAAGAUUCUCACCGAUUCAUUCUCUUCUGUCUCUACCUCUCUCCACUUGCCGUCGAUCAGAAGCCCUUAUCUCCAUGGGAGAAUCUCGUGACUCCUUCGUCCAUCACGCUCUCGGCGGCGGCACAGUUGCCGAUGUGUUGUUGUGGAGGACAUGGCAUGGUAGUGUCGCGGUGCUCUUAGGCUCCACUGCAUUGUGGUUCCUGUUUGAACGAGCCGGCUAUAAUCUACUCUCCUUUCUUUCCAAUGUGCUUUUGCUUCUAGUUCUAAUUCUUUUUUUCUGGGCUAGAUCUGCUUCACUUCUCAACAGACCUUUGCCUCCCCUUCCUGAUAUGGAGAUUUCAGAGGAAUGCAUUGCAAAUGCUGGUGAAGUGAUGCGUGUGUGGGUUAACCAUGUUCUUGCAAUUGCCCACGACAUUGCUAUAGGAGGGAAUGUUAGGCUUUUUGUUCAGGUUGCUUUUGCCUUGUGGGCGAUAUCAUAUGUUGGAAGCUUCUUCAACUUUCUGACGCUGGUCUACCUGGGAGUUCUUUUCAGUCUAGCAAUACCACCACUAUAUGAGAAAUGCCAAGGUCAGAUUGAUGAUAAGCUUGUUUUGGCACAUAACGUCAUCCUAUCGCAGUAUAGGAAAAUUGAUGAUACAAUUUUGAAAAAGAUUCCCAUGCAUCUAAACAAAGACAAGAAGAUUGAAUAGUCAAAAAAAGGUGCUUGCUUUAUCUCCCUCUCUCAAGUGAAUCUACUUUAAUAGAGUACCAUAAAAGGGCCCAUACUCGACUUACUUCCUUGUUCUAGAUUUUGCAGCACAAAAUGUGUAGCAUUGUUAGUGUUUAAUGUAAGUAUCAUGGAUGCAAAUUUUUCUUUCUAUGAUGGGUAGUAGGUUAAAUUGCUAAAGCUGCAUUUUAUUGGCAAUACACACACACUAGCGGUAGUCUCCUGUUCUUGUUGAAAUGUAAUCUUUCUCAAUGUUGGAUUGAAACAAAAAAUGUAAAAUGUUUAUGCUGACAGGAACUAUUAUUCUGACAGUUACACUAAAAGUCUACAAGCAUCAUCAUGCUUAGCAGUUUAGGCGAUAGGGUAGGAAGUAAAGGCUUAAGAAAGUGUGCACCACAGAUGUAAAAACCUACUCAGAAUGUAGUAGAAUGGAAAGCUCAAAUGGUCAAAGAAAAUGUUAUGUGUUACAGAAAGCAUGUACUAACGCAGUCCGAAAUAAGUUGUACCGCACAACUAUUAAAGUUUGAAAUCACCAGCUCUAGCUAUUUUUAAAAUUUUAUUUGAUGGUUUAAGUUAAUUUAAAUUCUUUGGACACUUUGAAAAUAAAAAUCACAUUAAAAUGACUUUUAUGGCCCGCCUCAGCUGUCUAGCACACGAUCGAGUCUGUCACUCGUCUAGCACCUAGUGUUUUUAGCAGACAUCGUUUUUGUGCCAAACCACAAGUAGUUGUGUUGAAUGGGUCAAAGGGCUUUUAGUUACUUGGUGCAUAAGUUUUUUUUAAAAGCAGAGCUCUUGUUAAUGCUUUUAUGCUCAUAUACUGCACAUUUAUUCACACAUUUUGUCAGGUAGUUUAGCUUCUAGUCUCCAUGGGGUGUUGUGAAUUUUGCUCUUGAGCAGGAUUGGCUGCCCAUUAACCAGAGAGUAUAGUAGAGAAUGCUGAUAGACACAAAUACCUCGUUCAUUUCGUGUGAUUGGUGUUUCUCGAGUCUUGAGUGCUGAUAUAACUAAUUGCGUGGAUUAUACAUUGGGUUUACUCAGUACCUCAUGUUCUUAGACGUUUAAAACAAGGGAUGAUUUCAAUGUGAUUUUUUAAGGUUUGUGUUAGAACUGAUGAUAACAUGUGUUGGGUUUCCCACUGCAACUUAUAUAUUCUGUAUGUUGUUGAUGUGGUGUGUGGGAGGAAUAAUAAGGCCGCAAAAUAAAAACACACUCGAUCAGGAGUUUAUUCCAUCCAA